AUGGCGCCACACUCAAAGAAACUCCCAGAAGCUUCAAGUUCAAGCUCGCCUUCGAAGCCCACCAAGAGAACAAGUAUCUUAGGAUCCAUGUUGGACAGCGCGUUCUCGAGAGACAGCUCAUCAAGACCCAGCUCCAAGCUCUCCAAACACACCGACAAGCAAGAUGUCAAGAACUCCGCGAAAGAAACAAAGAGCUCGAGAUCAAAAUCCACUUCUAAGAGUGUCAAAUCUUCGGCAUCGAAACAUACUACUGAGAAAACCAAAUCUUCGAGUUCAAAGCCGAAAUCAGGAUUACCGACAUCGAAGCUAUGCAAUACAGCCACAGCAGAAACAGAACAGUUCUUAAAUAGUGCUUUCUUCAAGGACGAAUCAAGAGUUCAAGUUGAGGAGUCACAACCUCCAGCUCCCGCGCAGUCCACCACCCCAGACAUCACAACUGCCUUUACCAGCGAACAUGACAGGAAAAUGGCAACAAGACAGCUGCGAAUCGAUACUCUAUCUGAGGUGGAGCUCCAAGAACAGGAAGAAUGGGCACAAAAGAGGCUCCUAGAGUCUCAGGCUUGCCCAGCUGGCUGGGGCUGGCAACGAUACACAGCUCCUGAGGGCUACUCCCAGUUCAAUGGGUAUCGCUGUUAUGGUGGAGCUAGUACACACUUAGUAUCUCAUGAACUGUUAGCAGAAGGAAAGAAUCGUCUGUACCAGCUGGAUCCAUUUACAAACUGGGCGGGACCUUUUGAUGCAGAGGAGGUGAGACGAGAGCUUGUAGAGCUCGCCAUCGGAGGACAACAACUGUCACUUGCGGAUCAGGCAAAACAACUUACUCCGGAACAGUUUGCAGCGCUGCUUCGAAGUAUAUUCUCCUAA